AUGUUGCGGUCUGUGUAUACAUAUACAAAUGCGUACCGGUAUGCCUGCAGAAGCAAUGCUACUAGUAGUACCAGUACAUGUACUAGACUGCUGAAGCCCUCGUUUGGCCGUUUCUUUUCGGCAGUCCCGUUGGAUCCUCCAUCUUCAGGAGAUUCGGAACUUGGUGUUUCUACCGUUGGUUCUAGUAAUACUAAUACAAGUACUACUAAUAGUGCCAGUGGCAAUGCAGAAGACCUAAGCAAGUACCUGAGGCCCUCAGAGAUCGUGACCAAGCUAGAUGACUACGUGGUGGGCCAGCAAGACGCGAAACGCGCCGUGGCCAUUGCGCUGCGAAAUCGCUGGAGGCGUCGCUUGCUACCAGAAGACAUCAAGCGGGAAAUCAUGCCCAAAAACGUUCUCCUCGUGGGACCCACUGGCUGUGGAAAGACCGAAGUAGCCAGGCGAAUGGCCAUGUUGAACGAUGCUCCUUUCAUCAAGGUUGAAGCUACCAAGUUCACCGAAGUGGGGUAUCAUGGCAGGGAUGUCGAUAAGAUCAUUAGUGAUCUGAUGGACAUUUCCUUACAAUUGACUCGCAAACGACACACAGAAAUCAUGAGGGAACAAGCCAGAGCAAACGUAGAAGAACGCAUCUUGGCCAUCCUCACUGGAACGUCUACCACAUCCACUCCCACCGGUACCAAUGACACUACCACUGCGGAUCGAACCACGGAUUCCUUUCGGGAAAUGAUGAAGGAUGGAAUGCUAGACGAUCAACCCAUCGAAAUUGACGUACCACAAAAAACACCAUCCGAAAUGAAUAUCGGAACCACGUCCACAGGAGGAGAUGUCACCAUGCCCAUUCCACCACAAAUCAUGGCCAUGAUCAUGUCACAAGGCGCUGCGGCAGGAGGAGGCAAAAAAAUUCCAACUGACAAAAAGAAAACUACCGUCGCAGAAGCGAGAGAAUUAUUAUUGGACAGUGAAAUUGACAAACUACUCGCCAAUGUUGACCUCAAAAAGGAAGCCAUUGCUGCUGUGGAAGAAACUGGGAUUGUCUUUAUUGACGAAAUUGACAAGAUUUGCACCUCCAAUGACUCCUUUGGUAAGAGUGCCGAUGCCAGUGCCGAGGGAGUACAGAGAGAUUUGUUACCCCUCGUCGAAGGAACAACAAUCAGCACCAAACACGGAAAUGUAAAGACCGAUUACAUUUUAUUUGUGGCCAGUGGCGCCUUUCAUGCGGUCAAGCCAAGUGAUCUACUGCCGGAGCUCCAAGGACGGCUUCCCGUUCGGGUAGAAUUAAAGGGACUUACGGAACGGGAUCUAUACCGAAUCCUCACGGAACCGGUCGCCAACAUGAUUCGCCAACAGGUCGAACUGCUCAAAACGGAGGGGGUCGAGUUGGUCUUUGAGGACGAAGCCAUUUUGGAGAUUGCAAGCAUGGCCGCAGAGCUCAACAAAUCGGUGGAAAAUAUUGGUGCUAGGAGACUGCAUACGGUGAUGGAACGGAUCAUGGAGGAAAUUAGCUUUGAAGCAGCCGAGGUGGACGCGGGCACGAAGUUUGUCGUGGAUAAACAGCUCGUGCAGGAACGGUUGAAGGAUGUUACCAUGAAGACGGAUCUCACGAGAUUCAUCUUGUAG